AUGGACCCUACAUCACCUUCCCCAGCUCCAACAAAAUUCAACUUUGGCUGGACCCAAUCCCAUUCCACAGAGAAGCUGGCAGUUCCGGCAGGCCAACCACUCAACACGUCAGGCCCAGCAGCAGUCGACUCGGAGCCCACACCAUCUUCCCCAGCUCCCACAACAUUCAAUUUUGGCUGGACUCGGCCCAUUGCCACAGAGAAGCCGCCGGUUCAGGCAUCUCAACCAUUCAACUUUGGAAUGAAUGUGGAGAGUGAGAUUCUCCCCUCACUGCCCUCGCCACAGGAUGUCCGGCACACCCGCCGUAGCUGUUCCAACACUCCCGACAAUGGAGUGCCAGCGUCAGUGAUCCCUCUCAAGAGACCCAUGUCUCUGCCGCCGCCCUCAACUCCUCCUCAGGCACCGGCGGCCGAACAUACAGCCAAGUUCAACUUUGGCUGGAAACAGCCACCUUCAACAACAGCGGCUGUUGCUACCCAUGUUGGGUUUGACCAGAAUAAUAAAUCAUUCCAGUUCGGUUGUAAGGUCCCUCCAGCAAAGGUAGGGAAAUGGACACCGGCGCCUAUUACAGCCGCCGUACCACAAGCAGCACUGGUGCCAAUGGCAAUACCGGCGCCUAACAUAGCCGCCGUGCCAGAGGCAGCACCGGCUCCUGAGUCAGACCCUUACACGCCAAAGGCCUUGCCGAACUGGGAGGACACCAUCGGACGCCUUAUCGGUGACGCUGAGAAGGCUGCCAUUGACAUUGUGAAACGGCUCAAUGGGGAUGAAUUUGAUCGACUCGCCCAAACAAUGCUGGGUAGCCUCAUUAGGCCCGGUGAUGAUGUCCGAGAUCCCAUGCCAGAAGAUGUCUUGGACAGCAACCGCGCUGUAUUAUCAGCGUUCUGUGAGUCCAGAGAUCGGUUGACUAGGAUCUUCAAGGAUCUUAUCACCCUUCAUCAUGCAUCUGAGCACCACAUACGCCAGAUUUCGUUCAUGGACUCUCUUGCAAAUGAGGUUGAGACAGCAGAGAGGACCGCCGGUAGUCAGUAG